AUGGCCAAAGUGGAAGACAGCGAAGAGCCCUGCACCUUGUCCUCUCACUCGGGGAGCGCAGGCUCCAAGUCGGGAGGCGACAAAAUGUUCUCGCUGAAGAAGUGGAACGCGGUGGCCAUGUGGAGCUGGGACGUGGAGUGCGAUACGUGCGCCAUCUGCAGGGUCCAGGUGAUGAUUCAGAUUCAGGUUCAGAUUCAGAUUCAGGUUCAGAUUCAGAUUCAGGUUCAGAUUCAGAUUCAAAUUCAGAUUCAGACUCAGAUUCAGGGAAGACUGGAGGUAUUAAGCUAUCAAGACUGA